AUGUCCGGCAGAGAAAGUGGUCGAGACGCUUAUUCUCGGAACCGGAGCGGAAGUCGCGACUCCUACGAGGGCAAGGGAAAGGGCAAAGAACGCGAACGCGAAUCAUCCCGCUAUUCUGACUACUCAGACGAUGAACCGGACGAGGAUGCGCCUCAGAAGCACCACUUCGACGAAGCCCGGACCAAAAACAGACGCAAGGAGUUCUCGCACUGGUACGUUCGCAAGGAUGCACCACAGUCAGAGCGGAAGUGGUCGCUGAACAAGCGGUCCGGAAAGUAUGACGAUAACCCGCGGCAUGUCGAAGAUAGGGAGGCGACCUCCAAAGGCAAUCGUGCGGCCGUGCGUGAUCUCGAUCGUUAUGGCGUGGCGCACCAGGACUUUGCGUACGCAGAUUCGAGCCCGGGAUUCAGCCACAGUGAGAAGCACUAUGCCAAUGAUGACCAUGAGUGUCGUGAGCCAGACAGUUAUGCCGUGGGCCCGAAGUAUCGAUAUGUGCCGGUUUCGGCGGAAGCAGAACGGCUUGCUCAGGAGAAGCGUGCAGAACGCGCUCGUGGCGGAUACUAG